GUAUUACACUGCAACGCUGUCACCAAAUGCUUUACCCAGCAGUUACUUGGAGGAAGAGGAUGUGGCAGCAGAUAAUCCCAGCCAGCUGUUGCCAAACAGAAACUAUACUGAUCAAAUCCCUCCUCUGUGGCUCAUCUUGAAGAAGAUUGGCAUGUUAGGUUUCUGUGUCCUCUACGUCUACUUCAUCUCGGUCACCAUUUUCCCUGCAAUCUCAUCCAGCAUUGAGUCUGUGAACAAAUUCUCAGGGAGCCCCUGGACAGAUAAAUACUUCACACCUAUCACUAGUUUCCUUCUGUACAAUUUUGCUGACUGGUGUGGGCGGCAGAUCACUGCGUGGGUCCAGGUUCCUGGACCACGAAGCAAGUGGCUACCAGCUAUGAUUUUGCUGAGAACUUGUUUCAUCCCCCUCUUCAUGUUAUGCAACUAUCAGCCUCGAACGCACAUUGCAAAAGUCACCUUUGCCCAUGACGUGUAUCCAGUGGUGUUUAUUGUGUCGCUAGGACUCAGCAAUGGCUACCUGAGUACCUUGUCGAUCAUAUAUGGUCCCAAAGUCACUCCAAAGGAACUGUCAGAGGCAGCAGGAGUGUUGAUGAUGCUCUUCAUGCAAGUGGGGUUAGCACUAGGAUCGGGCUUCUCGGUUCUUGUUGUCCAUCUCAUAUAGAUGGGAGAUUUCAAGCCUGGAACUUCACUACUACGAGGUCAUUUUCAAAAAGACAGAGCAAACACUGGCCUACCAGUGGA